UUGCGUUUGGCAACCCGAGGAAGGCCUGAGCUGAGGCGUGCUCCGUGAUGUGGUGCAGGGGCAAGUGUUAGCUAACUGUUAAUAAAAAUGCCACCAAAAGGAAAGGGUGGAAAGGGUGGUAAGGGGGCAAAAGGAGGUGCCUCGGACAGUGGAGACAGUGACAAGAAGGAGAAAGCUCAGAAAGGAGGCACUGCAGUAAAGGUGCGUCAUAUUCUUUGUGAGAAACAUGGAAAGUGCAUGGAGGCUAUGGAGAAGCUGAAGUCUGGAGUGCGCUUUAGUGAGGUGGCAUCACAGUACAGUGAAGACAAAGCUAGACAAGGGGGUGACCUGGGCUGGAUGACUAGAGGAUCAAUGGUGGGACCGUUUCAGGAAGCUGCGUUUGCGUUACCUGUCAGUACAAUGGAUAAACCUGUAUACACGGAUCCACCGGUGAAGACUAAAUUCGGCUACCACAUCAUCAUGGUUGAAGGCAAAAAGUGACCCUUGUACCUGAGUGAGCCACGUGGCUCAUCCUGUGUUUUAUUUCUCACAUUGUUUUUUAAUGGUGUAAAUAUCAGUUAAUAAAAAUAACAAUGAAAAAGGCA